GGUUCAUUUUGUUUCCCUCCGUAGUGCAAGGUAAUAGUAUGGCUAACAAGGGACACUAUGGAGACGCGGUGGAAUAUUUUACAGAAGCAAUUAAAUAUGAUCCCAAGGAGUAUCGGCUGUUUGGAAACCGUUCUUACUGCUACGAGAGACUGAAGCAAUAUAGUCGAGCACUGAGUGAUGCUCAGAUUGCAGUGAACCUGAACCCAUCAUGGCCAAAAGGAUAUUUCAGGAAAGCGAGAGCAUUAGCUGGAGUUAAGAGAUAUAUAGAGGCCAUAGAGGCUUUUCAGGAGGUGCUGAGAAUUGAUAGUUCCUGUAAAGAUGCCGAAUGUGAACUACUUCAAGUCCAGAUGCAGCUAAUGAUGGAGCGAGGUUUUACUCAGCAGCAGUGUGAAGAGAUUCUAAGUAAAUAUGGAAGCUUAGAACAAGUACUAUUGUCUUCAGCUCCAAAACCCCGAAACAGCCAUAUUAACACAAGCGUAUAUGUAUCGGAUGAAGACGAUAAGGACUUUGUACGUGUGAAAAAAUCCAAAAAUAAACCUGCCUCACUGUUAGUGCAGCCACAGCUGCAGCAGCCAAGGGAAUUGUUUCCGAUCUGGAUUGGGAACGUAACCACUCGAAUUACUGAAGAAGCAUUGCGCACAAAGUUUGAAACUGUUGGAAUCAUACACAGCAUCCGAAUGCUUCAAGAUCGCUUUUGUGCCUUCAUUAACUUCACGACCAAACAGGGAGCGGAGCGUGCCAUUGCGGAGUUACAGGGUACUGAACUUGAAGGCACCAAGCUGGUGAUUCGCCAUCCUGACAAUAAUUAUAAAAACCUUGGAGCAGCCAAGACGGCUGCUCCAGCCGUUAAACCUUCACUUGUGGAGAAGGUGAAAAUCCCACCCACCAUAGAGUGCCAUUUCUGGAGGAACAUCGGCUGCGUCUACGGAGACAAGUGUCGCUUCCGGCACAUUCCACAGCACAAAGGCGUGGACAGCAAGGUCUCUCAGAAUUAAACAUCGACCAGGCGCACGUACCUUUAUUUAUAUUUCAAAAGAAGACCCCCCUCGCCCCAAGUUGUGACAACGAGGCGGUGCCAGAUAACGGACUGCGAUAACUAACGGAUCAGUGAACAGAACGAGUGAUGUACAAUAGAGGAUGUUGCUGUCUCCUCGACUGCGGUAGAGCCGUUUUUGCAAUCAUGUCUGCGAGAGACAAGCAAGGACACUUUUGAGUUGGAAAAUGAACUUUAAAAGUCUUUCCGCCGAAUGUGGAGGAGAGCAGGAGUUACAAGGAGGGGUUCCACGUGUGAAGGAGCAGGGUUUCCAGUGCUGUUUGUACAAAGAGUGAUUGAACAUUCCCAAGGCACACGGGCCAGAGGUUCAGGACUGCAAUGUGGCAGUCAUCUCUUCAGUGGAUCUCUGGAGCGUAAGCACGAGUCUGCAGGCAUUGCAAGUUCCCCCCACCCGCCUCUGGGAUUAAAUGGUGCAGCCUGGGUGCCCUUCCAAUGGACAGCCUUGACCACAAGUGGCCCAUGCUUACUGUACUUGGUCUCGUGGUUAGAGGAGUUGGGGGGGGGGUGCGUGGAGAUCACUCGUCACCUGCCCUCCUGCUGUGGGAGGCCUGACUGGAUUUAGUGCUCGUCCCUUCUCUGACAGAAGGAACCCAGGUAAUGGAAUGCUAUUUGGAGGCAGAGCUAUCCCAACCUCCCUACAGAAUGUGGGAAGGGCUUUGCAUUUUAAUAUUUCCUCCUGUGGGGAGUGUUCCUGGCUUGGUUAAAAGCCCCAAAUCAGGAAUGAGCUGUUUGGCGGGUUGUGGGGGGGGAAGGGGGAGGGUGGAAUCAGACUAUUCCUGAAAAUGUCACCCUCCAGCAUGGAAUACUGUCGUGAUGAUCACCCUCUGCAGAACGGACAGAGUGAGCUCUGUGAAUUCAAUGUGCUGUCAAACCUCCUGUCCACACUGUCUUGGUGUGCCUCGGGCGUUUAAGUUGAAAGUUGUUCUCGGAGCUGCUGGCUGUGGGCUUGCUCCUGGAGACAGUUUCCGCGCUGCGAUCCCACCUUGUUCAACGCUGCCUCAACUCCUGGUCUUUGUGUUGCCAUACCUGCAGUUGUGCCGAUUGAUUCCAUAAACCAUGUCUACAAAUGUGUUUAAGGGUUGAGGGGGUGGGGGGGGGAGGGGGUUUGUUUUGAACCUGCUCUCUGCUCCCUAUUGUGCCAUAUUGGAGGCAUUGCACUCUGAUGAUUGUUAAAAUGUUGCACCCUGUAAUAAAUUAGCUGAUUUUACCUUUUAUAAAAUGCACAAUGCCUUUAUUUAUAUAUAUAUAUAUGAUAUAUAUAUAUAUAUAAAAAAAAUCAAGUUUCUAUAACAGGAUACGAAAUGAUUGGAGGAAAAUGAGCAGUGCCAGAGACUGCAAAUAUAUGUCCAGAUAAAAUCCCA